UGAAGUCUUGUUAAAAAUUAAGAUAAAUGUGGAACAACAUUAUGGAUGUACUUUAAAAAUAAACUGAACUUGUAUUUGUGUGAUAAAGUGGCUUUAUUUGAAAUUGAAACUGUCGCAUUUUUUAGGAUUGUUUGUAACUUUUUACAUUUCCUUUCUAGGGUUAGGUUAUUUAGUUUUAGGUGCUUGUUAGGCACGAGAUCAUGUCGGAGAAAAAGCAUCAUAAAGAUCAUAAACAUGAUCAUCAUGGUGGGGAUAACAACAGGUAUGUCCUGGAAGCUCAAAAAUCGUCCCAAGCAAGCUCCAAUAAGAAAGGUUUGCAACCUGAGAUUGCAAACAGGGUACGGCAAAUAUCCUUCGUGGAGGACAAGAAGGUCAGAAAAAAGAGGUCCAUGUCAAGAUCCAUAUCUGCGUCCUCUGCAGACAGUUUCAGUUCAGCAUCUUACUCAAGCUCUGAUGAAGAAGAUGACAUAUCUCCAAGGGAAAGACCCCAAGUAAAUUCCAAAGGCUUCACUGACUUUUGCAUCCGAAACAUCAAACAUGCGGACUUUGGAAGGCGGGAGAUCGAGAUUGCUGAGCAAGAGAUGCCCGCGUUAAUGGAUCUGCGUAAGAGGGCACAGGGUGAUAAACCACUGAAUGGAGCUAAAGUAGUGGGCUGCACUCAUAUAUCGGCACAAUCUGCAGUUUUAAUUGAAACUUUAAGUCAACUUGGUGCGAAGGUCCGAUGGUGUUGUUGCAAUAUUUACUCCACACAGAAUGAAGUUGCCGCUGCAUUGGCAGAAGCAGGUUACUCAAUAUUUGCAUGGAAGGGUCAGGAAGAGGAAGAUUUCUGGUGGUGCAUUGAGAAGUGCAUCACAGCUGAUGGGUGGCAUCCCAACAUGAUCCUUGAUGAUGGGGGAGACCUUACCCACUCAAUCAUCAAGAAAUAUCAAACCAUUUUCAGAGGAAUGAAGGGAAUAGUGGAAGAGAGCGUGACUGGUGUACAUAGAUUAUAUCAACUUGCUAAAACAGGCAAGCUCAGCAUUCCCGCCAUGAAUGUCAAUGAUUCUGUAACAAAGCAAAAAUUCGACAAUUUGUAUUCGUGCCGAGAGUCAGUGUUAGACGGGUUAAAACGAACGACAGACAUUAUGUUUGGUGGCAAGCAAGUUGUUGUAUGUGGGUAUGGAGAGGUGGGGAAGGGUUGUUGUUCAGCAUUGAAAGGACUUGGAAGUGUUGUUUAUGUGACAGAGAUUGACCCAAUAUGUGCAUUACAAGCAUGCAUGGAUGGAAUUAGAGUUGUGCGAUUUCACGAGGUUGUAAAAACCGCCGACAUUUUUAUUACGUGUUCAGGAAACAAAAACGUAAUCACGCGAGACAGUCUUGAUAAGAUGAAGAACGGCGCAAUCGUGUGUAACAUGGGUCACAGUAACACAGAGAUUGAUGUGGCGAGCUUAAAAACGAACGACCUUACAUGGGAGAAAGUUCGAUCACAAGUUGAUCAUGUGAUAUGGCCUGAUGGUAAACGCAUUGUGUUGCUCGCUGAGGGUCGUCUACUUAAUCUUAGCUGUUCAACUGUUCCUUCCUUUGUGCUUUCCAUUACACAUUGUACACAGGCAUUAGCAUUGAUUGAAUUGUUUAAUGCUCCAGAAGGAAGAUACAAACAAGACGUUUAUCUACUGCCCAAAAAAAUGGAUGAAUAUGUAGCAAGUCUCCAUCUUGCAACGUUUGACGCUCAUCUAACUGAACUCACAGAUGACCAAGCAAAGUAUUUAGGUCUCAAUAAAUCUGGUCCUUUCAAACCAAACUAUUACAGGUACUAGCAAAGUCCCAUCAUCAGCCACACUGGGUGCUACACAGUGGCAUCAUACACAAAGCUUCUUUGAUGAAUCAUGGAUACAUUAUAUAUAUAUUGUCCUAUAAUUGUUUUAUACUGCAUACAAUGCAUGCAGAUACGAAAAAUAAAGCACGUUGUGCUGCAUACUUGUGUAAUAAACUUAAGUACGGUGAAA